GUAACACUAAUUAAAUUCCUUUGUAAAAAGGACUAUUGAAAACAUCCAGGCUUUCAAUGGAGAUGAAUCUAAAUAUCCAAGGCUAUCCUCAGAGUCAGCCUCAACAGCAGGAAUAUCCACCUGACCCCAGCUACACACAGCAGCCUGGUUAUCCCCAGUACCCGUACGCGCACGACCCUUCAGCUCCACCGCCACCUUACUAUCCACAACAACAGCCACCACCUCGCCCUAUCUAUGUCCAACAGCAACAGCAGCAAAACAAUGUGGUUGUCAUGCAGCAAGCAGCUCCAGUGACGAUAGUACGUCCAAGCAUUCAUCAAUCAGAUGCUGGACAAGGAGCUCUUGUGUUUGCUAUCAUCAUCACUCUCUUUGCUCUUGUCUGCGGCUGUUGGUGGAGCAUUGUGUGCAGUAUACCAGGGAUCGUGUUUGCAAGCUCUGCUACAAAUGCUGGUGCUCGUGGCGACUAUGACAGUGUCCGUUCAAACAACAACCUCUCGUAUGGAUGCACUGUUGGUGCUAUUGUUGGAGCUGUUGUUGGUGUGGGGUCUCUGUUUGGGAUCGUGUUUGGACUAUCAUCAUCAUCUAGUCGAACUUCCUCCUGCUACUAUUCUAGCCGCUAUUAUUGCUAAUGAGGGGAACAAGGGACUAUGAACAUUGACAAUGAGUAACUAACAUGAAUUUAUUUUGUUGUUUAUUGUACAUACGUUAUUCUUCACAACUUUCUAAGACCUCAAUUUAAUCAUG